CCCUUCCGUUGCAAUCAAUUCUUCGCAACUGCAAGCAUAUAUAAGCAGUUUGCAUGGCGGGAAGGACAGAACACACCAGACACAGCUUCGCAGCACCACAGCCCCACAGCAUCUCUCCACCACUCACAACGUAACAUCAUGAAGACUGUUCUCCUUCUGUGCCUGGCCGCCCUUGCCACCGCCGCUCCUCAGUCGCCACACUCCCAAGGGCUCCAGGAGGAACAGAGGCCCCUCGCUAUUCUGGAGGAACACCACGAGGACAGCGGCGACGGCAGAUUUAAAUACGGUUACCAGUCUGAGAACGGGAUCGCGGUGGAAGUGUCUGGCGAGCCGGGAGAGGAGGGCCAGAACCGCGUUAAGGGAAUGUACAGGUUCCCUCUCCCCAACGGCACCAUGGCUGAGGUGACCUACACUGCUGACGAGGAGGGCUUCAAGGUCCAAUCCCCGCUGGUGCCGCCUAUGCCUGAACACGCCAAGGAGCAGAUCAUCAUCGCCCAGGAGCAGGAGAAGCAGGGCAUUGUGUUCGAGUAAGCAGUCCUUCCUCAGACGGACUCCUUGCUUCUUAUUCUCUUCGAUAACGAACAAUAAAACUUCAAUAUAC